GGCGGCCGGGACCCGCCCGCUGCUCCCGGCGCCGGGGAAGGCGGUUUCGAGUGAAAAAGACAGUAAGAAUUGUUUUGAGGACUGAAAGCUGUUUAUGGGAAAAGGCACUCGAGGCAAGGCAGCAAGACUGAAGAGAACAUUGGCUGAGAGGAGGAGGUGGCAGAGAGACACUGCAGAGUAAACACUGGAGUCAGGGAUGAACGUGACUGGAGACUUUCAAAGCCAGUUUAAGGCCUACGAAGAACAACAGCAAAGGAGGCUGCAAAGUCUGAUGGAAAGGAAGAAAGAGAACAGUCAGAAAGGUGACAAUGGCAACACAAAGGAGGCUUUCGGAAUCCUGAGUGAUCUAAAACUGUUUGAAACAGGACAAGCAGUAACUGAAGAUGGCAGCAAAAGGUUGCUUGAGGUUGAGAACGAGCAGCUCCAGGAUCAGCUUCGAGAGGUCCGAGAUGAAAACUGCAGACUGUACAAACUGGUGGCAGAGAAAGAGUUUGAAAUGAAGCAACUCCAGAAGAAAUUCCAGGAGGACAGAUUGGCUCUGACAGGGACGUCUGUUUUAGCUGGAGAUGUUGCAGCUACCAAAAUUGUUGAACUAGCCAAAAAGAAUCGUGAGAUAACUGCUGAGGCUGAGUGUGAAAAAGCCAAAGUGAAACAACUGAGUAACAGAGUCAAAGAGCUGGAGAGAGAACUACAAAGAGCCAUAGAAAAAAUCCAUUCUCUUGGUGGUGGUGAUACAGGAAUCAAGCAAUCAGCUCUGAAGAUGGUAGAAGAAAACUUGGAUGAAAGUCCAAAGGUGAAAGCAUUGCAAGAAAAAUUAACGGCAGCCAACUUUAAAGUGAUGGAGUAUCGUAACCAACUCCAGUCUGCAAAACAGGAGCUGAAGAUGACCCAAAAGCUUUUAGCAAAUGAAGUUGGUGAAGAUGUGAACAUUCAAAGCCUCUUGACCAAUUCUGGCAGCUGGCGUGGACGAGCUCAGCAAAUUCUCGUUCUCCAAAGCAAGAUUCGAGAGCUGGAGAAUCAGCUGAGUCAAAACAAGACCAGAGCAUCACUGAUUGACAUUGAUGAGGAAUUGCUGGCACUUACUGAUCCAAGGAAGUUGUCAGCCCAAGAGAAAAACCUGCUGAAGAUUCGUAGCUUGGAAAAAGAAAAGAAAGAAACUUUGGAGAAACUCACUGGGGAACACCAUGCUCUCCAAAAAGAUCAUGAGGAAGUGAAAAAAAGGCUCGAGGCAUCAAAAGCCAGGAACAAAACCCUGUGCAGCGAAGUGAAAACCCUGAAGGGACAGAUUGUGACCUUGCUGGAGAAAGGAAAACACGACGAUGAGCUCAUAGACAUCUUACUGACACAACAGAAGCAAAUGCAGGAGAUCUUAAAGCACCUGAGCCAACAGGAUGAGAAGAACAAGGAGUCCCAGCAGAUGCUAGGGCAGCACAUGAACAGUGAGUUUCAGAAGCAAAACUGCCUUGUAGAGCAGCUCAGACAGAUGGUGGCUGAGCGAGAAGCAAAGGUUAAAGAGCUGGAAGAGGCGAUUGGGCGACUCACGCUCCAGAAGAAAUCUGCCCAUCAAGGGGACGAGUCAAGAGCUGCUGAUGCACCAACUUGUGAGCACUCAGAGCAGCAAGGUUUUACUCUGUUUAAGCCUCUGGUACCAGACAACAGCCAGGUUGGAAGGAUCGGCUCUGCUCGCACAGUGUCCAAGAUGGGCCAUACACUUGUAGAGUCAGCAGCCACUGAGCCUUCCCUUCUCAGUGAUAACAUCUCACCUGGAAGGCUUGCUGCCACUGCCAGCUCGGAUGUGCAAGUGCUGCAGAUGCAGAUCACAGAGCACAAGGCUCUCUGCCAGGCUGCUGAAGUGGAGAGAGACUGGCUCCUGGAACUGGUCACUGUGCUGCAGAAAAGGGUGGAGGAAGGUGAUGAUAAGGUCUUGGAAGCUGAGAAGAGGCUUCAGGAAGAGAGGAGGCGAUGUGUCAUCUUGGAACAGCACCUUGAGAAACUGCAAAUGGAUCCAGGGAGGAACACAAGUGCACAGAAACCUCCCCUGAGGAGCAAAACAGGUCAGUCUGCAAGUCACUCAAGACUCCCCUUGAGUAGGAGUGAUGGGAAGGAGCUCUCUGCAGCCCAGCUCUCCAGGUUGCCUCCAGAGACACAGAUAGAGGAGCUGAACACAAGGCUUGUGAUCCAGCUGGAUGAGAUUGAAGCUCUGAAAGCAGCUUUAGAGACCACUUCGAGGAAGAAAGAGGAAGACUUCAAACUGUACCGAGACACAAUGGACCAAGUGAAGGAUAUCUUUCUACAGGCCAUUCAGGAGCAGAAACAAGAGAAGAGUUAAGCAAGAUCCUCAGAGUCCUUUGGGCUGCAAAGCAGGGAGGGAGCCCAGGCAGGGUGCCCAUGAAUUGAAAUGCAGUGGCAGUGCAGUUUUGCAGCCUCAGAUCGUGCUGUUCU